AUGGAGCCAGUGACUUUGUCGCAUAUAUUCGAUGAACAACUGUUUAAUGACAUUUCUGAAAGCAUUUUAGAUGACAUCGAUGUAAAUGAUAUCUCUUUCGAUUUGUCCACCAUUUUGGACAGUUCGGAGCUCAAAAAUGUGAAUAAUGGAGCAAUAUGCCAGUCAUCAGAAAAGAAGACUGUAGAAUCGUUAGUGAAGUCAAAGCCAGUUUCAGGUGUUAUUACGACACAUACAGGACCAGACACCUUAACUGCUGUCGAUGGACAUGACGGUCUUAAUAAACAAAGAUUUACGCAGGAAUCUAUCUCUCUAGACCGUUCCAACUGUCUUCAGGUUGAACAGUAUGCUCACGUUCCUACACCUGUUCAAAAUACAUUUCAUGUGCCUUUGGUAUCCAAACUGUUGUGUAAUUCAGAAGUACAAAAUGUUAGUCUCAACAAAGGCAUAUGUGGCUUGGGAACUCCAUAUUCUGCGCAGUAUUGCUCAACAAACUCUGGUGAUCAAAAGACAGAUUUCUCAGUCUUUAAAGAUGUCAAAGUGAACACUGAAAAUUCUGAACAAAAUAAUGAUACUACGAAACGAGCACCUCAUAAUGCUAUUGAAAAACGUUAUCGUGCAAGUAUUAAUGGGAAAAUAGAUGAACUCCGUAGGCUUUUGGCGCCCACAUCAACUGGAGAUGUUAAGAUGAAUAAAUCUGCUGUUCUUCGCCGUGCAAUCGAUCGUAUCCGUGAACUGGAAGAGAUUAAUGUUCAAUUGAAGACAGAAUUAACGGUUUUACGCUCGAGUAAUCAUACUUCAUCUUGUGUUGAUUCUAAUCACGGUACUUCAGAAAACGAACCAUUUGCGUUUGAAACGUCACCAGUGCCUUUAAGUCAACAAGAAAUAAAUGAUUACUAUUAUUAUCAUCAUCAUCAUAACUACCCGUGUAAAAAAUCUCCACAAACUAUGCCUACUGAAUGCUGCAUUCCAACGAAUCAAGUCUAUCAUUUCUCUGCUACUCCUGGCCCCCUUACUGCUGCUCCUGUUAAAUCUGUUCAUCAGCAAUCAAUAAAUCUAUCCCAUGAGAUAAAUAAAAGUAUUACUGACAAAGAUGUUUUAUUGAUGAAAAUCAAGGAACAUCCAGAGUAUUCCUUCCAUUCAUCUUCAUCGUCAUCAUCAUCAUCUUCGCCACCAUCGAUUAACUCACCGUUCAACUUUCAACAGAAUUAUGACAAAAAGUUUAUCGGCGGGAAUACAACACAGUAUGCAUCUGUAUCACCUGUCUCCAACGCGGCAGCUUCAUCAUCAUUCCUUCUGUGUCAGAACAUUAAUAAUAAUACUAAUAAUAGUAAUAAUAAUAAUAAUGUUAAUCUUUUUGAUUCCUAUGAAAUUAUCAAUAGUAUUAAUAAUCGUGAAAAUCAGCAACGCUUUUAUCAUUUAUCACCACCAUCAUUAAUUCCAUCAGGAAAUAUUCAACAUUGUUGCAAGCCCACACCAACACAACCAAUACAACAACAGCAACAAAUUUUUGAUUUAUCACCGCAUCCAACUGUUAUUCUACCGGAACCAUCAUCGGUAAUCAUUAAAAAUGGUUGUGAUCAUAUAGGCCGUCGGAAGCGUUCAGCUGAAAACUCUAACAUUGAUUUGUACACACCGAUGAAAACACGUUGUAAUCACCUGUUGGUUAAUAAUCGUGAUUAUAGGGUCAAGAAAUUGCCUAUUCCACAAAUGAAAGGAGAGGUUAACACACUUUCUAACAACAAUAAUAAUCACAGUAGUAGUACACUAGCUACUAGUAAUAUUCGUGCUCAAUUUCCAAAUGUAUGCCAACUGCUCUGUGAAAAUAAUUCAUGUUCUCACCCGCUUUCAAUGCCAACAAAAUCGAAUGCUACUAAUGCAAAUCAAUAUAUUCCCAAUGGAGGAGUUGGUUUCAAUGAAGCUGUUGCUCGUACAACUCUGUGUGUUGCUGCUCUAUGCUUGAUUGCCUUGAAUCCAGCCCAAGUUACUAAUCAAAUGUAUUGGAGUACUUCAAGCAGCGGUGAGAAGUCGUCAUCAUCAGCGUCAUUGCCAACUUCAAGGAGUUUAUUGAACUAUUUUGAUCCAUCCAGUGGUUUAAUGAACUUGAUGAACACCAUGUCAAAUUCAUGGUUGAUUUCAUUCAUUUACGGAUUACAAUGGUUUAUUGCCUUGUUAUUAUGCUCUUGGGCAUGUCAUAGAAAGCAUAUCUCAUUUAAAUGGCUUGACUAUUUCAUGAAAUCGAAGCAUAGAACUAUUUCAAUACUCAACGCUAGAUCGCAUUACAGACAAGCUAAUAUAGCUAUGAAUCAGUUGACAUGGUCAAUAGCAGAUUACCACCUGAAAUUAUGCUUACACUCUCUUGGGUGUAGUACGCAUAGUGAAUUGACUCGAUCAGUGCAUGCAACAUCAUUGCUUCAAUGUUUAUACCAGUGUAUACGAUCGAUAAUUGUGUUGAAUAUGAAUUUGCUAUAUGUGCUAUUUAUCUGUUUACCACAAUGGCUAUGGAUAACAUACUGGUGUUGUCCAAUUAGAAAGGGGAAUAGAAGCGUUAUGAUUAAAGGCAAACCUGCUACUACAGGAGAUACAAUUUCCUCAGCUGAAGUUCGUCUACGUUUAAUGGAGUUGUAUUUAUUCGUUCGUAAGCUGAAAAAGGUGAAUUCGGAUUGCUCUGGACUUGUGAACUUCUGCAAAUUACUAGACAACUUAUCAUUGGCAUUAAUGUGUACUCGUGAUUUCCUUGAGGCAUCAAUUCAUGGAUUGGUCAGUGAUAAUAAUAAUAAUACUAAUAAAGUCAAUGAGGAUGAUGUUGGUGGAGAUACGUCGUCGAUAAAUGACACUGAUAAUGACAAAGUGCCUGUACACCUUCUACCCAGAUAUGGUGUAACACUUGGAUUAUUCUUAAGACAACAGCUUGGAAUGCAUUAUCUCGGGUCGUUGAUUAUACGCAUGACAAUUUAUGUAACUGUACAAUUCAGUUUAUCCGAAUUAUGGACAACUUGGUUUACUAAUCCAUUAUUUGUUAAACUAAUCACUGCUGGUGAGAGGAAUUUGAAUUUCGGUGCUGCUGCCUUGUCACCAUCAAGCGGUACUAUGCAUGAUUAUUCAUCGGACAUAGAUACUGGAACAUCAUUGGUAAAUUAUGCUGAGAAGAAUAUUAUCAAUCAGAUGCUGGUUGAAUUACGUGAGCAUAUCACUUGUCAUUGUUUGAAGAUUAUACUCUAUGGUGAAUUGAAUCAAGUGAAAAGUUUAAAAUGUUAUAUUGAUUUACUGGCUGAGCUUUCACCGACAUUGGAUACUUAUUAUGAUAAGAAGUUUACUAAUGCAGUUGGCGAAAGUGAAUACGAAGAAACUGAUGAUCAAGUUUCAUGUGCUCAUUGGUGGGCUCAAAUGUUAACUAUUCUAUGGCAGUAUAGAUGUGAUCAAAUCGAAUUGCCGCUUGAAUCAUUGUGUACUGAAAGUAAUGGAAACAAACCUAUGAAUGGAGAAUCCAAACAUUAUCACUAUGUGCCUGAAUCAUUAUUGAAAUGUUCUUAUCUAGGCGAUCUAGUUAAAGUGCUAUCAGUGAUUCAUACUUCUCGUUCAUCGGAAUGUCAGUCACCUUGUCAUAUGUCAUUACGUGUUGUCUGUGCAUCACUAAGAAAUCUUGCAAAAUUAUGUGGAAAUAUCAAUACUGUACAAACUGGAGAUGAUACCAGUCUGCAAACAAAUCCUCAAUUGGAUUAUAUGCGAUUCAAUUAUUUGGCUUGGUCUUUGUUCGGCACUAUUUGGUGUAUUGAUAUAUUAACUAUGCAAAUAAAAAGUAGUAAUAAGAAUAAGAACAUGAAAGUAUCAUCAACUGACGGCGUAUCUACAGCUAUAAUUCAUAGUUUCAAUGAUAGUUUAUACUUACUACGUCAAUUGGUCGACAGUUAUUUCAAUAUGCCAUCGGCGAAUUGGUGUAGAAUAAAGUUACAAAACGCCGAAGCUGUUCAUCGUCUGUUAGUUGGCGCCAGUCCAGUUCGUGCACGAUUUGCUCUGUUACAAAAUUACAGCCUAUCUCGUCUAUCGACUACCUCGUUAACAGAUAAUGCAAAAGAAGAAGGAGAAGGUGGUACAGCCACGAAAUCACCUAACAGUAAUCCUGCUGUAGGCAGAAUCCCUAACAACAAUCAAUCACAUCAUGAUAAUCUUCUUGUGAACAAUAAUAAUAAUAAUAACGGCAACAACAACAACAAAAAUCCGCCUGCAUUAAUUGGUCGAUCAUCGGCUAGAAAUGGUGUACUGCUACAGUCACCGGGAUGUUAA